GGAACGUCAACAAAUGUCGUCAUCUUCCCGCGGGUCGAGCGCGUGUUCUCGCGAGAUCUGAUCACGAUGAAGAUGGCGGCCACCAAGGUAGAGCAUGUUGUGGCAGAUGCUGGCGCUUUUCUCAAACGGGCUCCUUUGCAAGAAAUAGGAACGAAUAUCUACACAUUGAAAGAUGUCGUUGAAGAAAUUCGGGACAAACAGACUAAAAAAAGCUUGGCCUUCUUGCCAUACAAGCUGAAUUUUAAAGAACCUUUCCCCGAGUACAUACGAUUGGUUACAGAAUUUGCUAAAAAGACCGGAGAUUACCCGAGUCUGUCAGCCACAGACAUUAAAGUCUUAGCACUGACUUAUCAACUGGAAAGUGAUCAUGUGGGAACUGAACAUUUAAAGAAAGAGCCUGAGAAAAAGAUCCAAAUAUGCACCACAAAAAGGCAUCCAGAGGCUCCUGAUGGUAUUGCCGGUUUCCAUUUUCCAUCAAAACCCACAGAUAAACUCAGCUCUGUUGUUGAAAAUUCAACGACAACAAAAGAUCCACGAGAGACAGAUACUUCAGAGUUCAACAGUUUUCAGUUCUGGAGGAACCCAUUGCCAAGCAUUGAGACUGAUCUGCUUGAACUACUGGCAGCAGACACGGUCACGAUAAAAGAUCAUUUUGGAAAAGUCACAGAGAAACUGCACUCUGUUGAUUUGUCAGCCGACAGUCACGUGACUGAAUCUGAAGACCACGAGGAAGGUAAUGAAGAUGAACACGAGGAAGAACAAAACGAUGAGGAAGAGGAUAAUGAUGAUGAUGGUGGGGGUUGGAUUACUCCCAGUAACAUUAAACAAGUACAGAUGGAGGCUGGUAACUGGGGAUCCUCAGCAAAUGUCACAGUGGGCUGUGUGACCACAGAUUUUGCCAUGCAGAAUGUUUUGAUUCAGAUUGGACUUCAUGUGCUGUCAGUGAAUGGGAUGCUCAUUAAACACACCAGGAGCUACAUUUUACGCUGUCAUGCCUGUUUUAAGACAACAACAAACAUGAGCAAAACUUUCUGUCCACACUGUGGAAACAGCACUUUGAAGAAGGUUGCCGUCACCAUUAAUGAAGACGGGUCCACGCAGAUGCAUUUUUCUAGGAACCCUAAAGUCUUAAAUUCAAAAGGGAAGAGGUAUUCUCUACCAUUGCCACAAGGAGGAAAACAUGCGUCAAACCCUCUUCUAGUGGAAGACCAGCGUUUCCCACAGCAGAGGGUCUCUAAGAAAGCUCGGCAGAAAACUAACGUGUUUGAUCCAGACUACCUGGCCGGCAGCUCUCCGUUCUCCGAGCACGAUAUCUACAGCAGAUCCGCCGGCUUAAACCUGCGAGACGGACAGGUGGGAGGAGGCAAACGGCGGGCCAAUCCUAACGCAGCACGCAAAAAAUUUGUUAAAAAAUAAGUGCGUUUUUGCACUAGCCUGUAGAAUUGUUGUGAAAAACCUAUUGGGACUCUUGAAGCUUUAGACAUCAUUUGUAGUAGUAAAUUACCUUUGGCAAAGCAUAAUGGGAACGACUUUGACAUUAUAUAUAGUUUUCUGUGUGAAACGUGUUUUCUGUAAUCUUCCCACAUACCAGCUGAAUUGUGACCUUAUAUUAUAGAUAUGGUAAAAAGUCUUUGCAAUGCCACUUCAUGCAAACCAUGCUGCAUGUUGUAAAGGACUGAAUUUGAAAAUCUUUGCUUCAUGCUAAUAUAUUAGAAGAUAUUCUGAUAUUCGAUACAAUUUAAACACAUCUUUAUUUUGUCAAACACCCUGCCAGGACUGGAAUAAGAAAAUGCAUAGAACAGACAUAAAUUGCAAUGCAAAAAAAAAAAAAAAGUCGGAUUAAUGUACAACAGCCCAAGUAUCUAAAAAAAUAAUCAUAAUCAGAAGUGUAUACAUGACAUUACAUGAUUGUUAACCAUCUGUGUCCGGUUGCAUAAACGUUUUAUGCAUCAGUCCUGUCAAAGCUAAAGAGAUAUUACCCAUUUACUGUUUUCUGGUUUGAAACUUGUAUUGCUUAUAAAGGGACUUUGCCAUCUUUAAAACAUGCCAAUAUUUCUCAUUAUUACACAUUAAUUAAACACUUAGCAGGUUAUUAUUAGCUUGGGGGUCGGUCUCCCACAGAAAACACGUAUGCAUCUCUUUAUUCAAUUAGUUUUUCCCACAAUUUAAAUAUUGACUUUAUUUAAUGACAUAUAUUACAUUUUAACCUUCACCUAAUAAAGAUUUAAACUUG